AUUUUUGGCAAAAAAAAACUUAGUACAAUUCAAAAUUAAGCCAUUUUCUAAGAAAAAUUGCGUUUGGACAAAGUGAAAACUGAAAAAAAGAAUAUUAAAAAUUUUGACAAACUGAAUUAGCUACAACGAAAUUGAAUACGGGAGAUCUCCCCUCCACAUAAAUAUACAAAAAUAUCAACAAAAACGCGUUUCAUUUGGUGGGAGUGCGCUGAUCGUGGUGAAAAAUUUAUAUAUAUUGGAUGGCCAUCAAUAUCUAGCUCCAACAACUUGAACCCACACGACAAGGACCCAGUAAUGAAUCGUAAUAAUCAUCAUAAUAAUAACAACAACAACAAUCAUUUGCAUGGCGUAAAUGAGGGCGGUAUAUUGGCGGUAGUAUUGGCACCAGAACUUUCGUUAGAAACAAUCGAUAUCGAUCCAAUGGAUGCACAAUAUCAAGGUGACGAACUAGCCAAUGUUAGUCUAAAUCCAACAAUGAAAUCAUCAUCUAAAUCAUUGGCACCAACUGUAAGCGAUCAGGCCCUAAAUACCCUCAAUGAAUUACGUGAGGAGAAUCUGUUGUGCGAUGCACAAAUUUCAGUGGGUGAGCAGGCAUUUAAUGUGCAUCGCGCCAUAAUGUGCUCAUGCAGCUCGUAUUUUCGCGCACAGUUCACAGGAUUCAAUGCGGCUAGUCAUGGAGCCGGCGCCGCUGGCAACAAAGAGAAUCAGAUCAUUCAUAUACCCGGCAUUAGUGCGGCCAUCAUGAACUGUGUCAUCCAAUAUGCAUAUCUGCGUAAGACCAACAUAUGCGAUGACAACGUGCACGAGCUGCUCAUAUGUGCUGACUAUGUGGGCAUGGUGGGUCUAGUCAAACAGUGCAAGGACUUCCUGAGUCGAACUCUAACUCCAGAGAAUUGUGUCAGCACCAUGGGAUUUGCACGCUUCCGCUUCCUCGAGGACUUGUAUGAAAAGGCGCGUAAUUAUACGCUGCGUUAUUUCACGGAAGUGGCUGCCCGCAAUACGGACAUAUUGGAUAUGAACAUUAAAGAUUUCUCUGACAUAAUUAGCGAUGAUGAGCUAAACACUCGCGAGGAGGACUAUGUAUGGAAAUUGUGUGUCAAGUGGAUCGAUCGGGAUCCAAAGAAUCGCAAACAACAUGUGGCUCAUUUAAUGACAGGUGUUCGCUUGGGCUUAAUGACACCAAAGUGCUUCAUGGAGGAGGUCAAGGAGCACCCGUAUGUGAUACAGUGUGAAGCCGCCAAGCCCCUGAUAGUGGACACAUUCAAAUUCAUCAGCCAUUUAUAUGUGCCCUUUGAUAUGCCCUUUCAACCCAAGCUAACCACACCGCCCCUGGCCAUGCCCCGUCUGCCCCAUGAGGUGAUAUUCGCCAUAGGCGGCUGGAGUGGUGGCACUUCAAAGGGUUGCAUCGAGACAUACGACACUCGAGCGGAUCGCUGGGUGAACAUCAAUGCCGAGGAUCCGGCCGGACCGAGAGCGUAUCAUGGCACAGCUGUGCUUGGUUUCAAGAUAUUUUCGAUUGGUGGCUACGAUGGGGUCGAAUACUUCAACACUUGCCGUGUCUUUGAUGCUGUGAAGAAAAAAUGGAGCGAAAUCGCGCCGAUGCACUGCCGUCGCUGCUAUGUGAGUGUCACGGAAUUGAAUGGAAUGAUCUAUGCCAUUGGCGGAUACGAUGGCCACAAUCGCCUGAACACUGUGGAGCGUUACAAUCCGAGGACCAAUCAAUGGAGCAUAAUGCCACCGAUGAAUAUGCAACGCUCGGAUGCCAGUGCGUGCACCUUGCAUGGACGGAUCUAUGCCACCGGAGGAUUCAAUGGCCAGGAGUGUCUGGAUAGUGCCGAGUUUUAUGAUACAAUGACCAAUGUAUGGACACGCAUCCCCAAUAUGAAUCAUCGCCGAUCUGGAGUCAGCUGUGUGGCCUUUCGUGACCAAUUGUAUGUGAUCGGCGGUUUCAAUGGCACCGCUCGCUUGUCCACCGGCGAGAAAUUCGAUCCCGAAACCCAGACGUGGCAGUUUAUAAGGGAAAUGAAUCAUUCGCGUAGCAAUUUCGGUCUGGAGAUCAUCGAUGAUAUGAUAUUUGCCAUUGGCGGCUUCAAUGGUGUCUCAACGAUCUCACACACCGAAUGCUAUGUGGCCGAAACGGACGAAUGGAUGGAGGCCACCGAUAUGAACAUUGUGCGAUCGGCCUUGUCGGCCAAUAAUGUAGCCGGUUUGCCCAACAAACGUGACUAUAUCCACAAGGAGCGGGAUCGUCUCAUGGAGGAGCGUCGUCAGCGUUUAAUGGCCACGGCCAUGGCACGGGAAGAUGGCAGUGGCAAUCUAUCGCUUUCCGUAAUUGAUACCAAUGAUGCGGCCAUAGAUGAUUAUGAUAGCCCCAAUGAUGAUGAUGAGAUCAUGGAAGAGGAGCACCAGCAACUUCAACACCAUCAGCUGCAAAUGUUGCCGCAACCAGCUUUGCCAUUGGCCUUGCCCUUGCCAGCAAUCGGCGGUGGCGUUCCCGGGCUGGCUGUCCAGGCCCAGGCAGUAGCCCUGCCGCAGCCGGUGCAAAUCAAUCGCCUGGGCGAGGAUCGCGGUGGCGUCGAGCACAAUCGGCGCUUUCGCGUCCAACUGCGUAAUCAGAGGUAUGGUUCGCAUCAUGAGAUUCGUCGUCGUGCCUAGUUGCUGUCGUCCACGUCGACGUCGUAGCUCUUCCCGGACUUGACCUUACCAACCAGCGAAUAACCGUCCACACACACACACAUACACUCAUACGCACACUUAUAUACACAUCAUAGAGAGAGUGUCAUCGUGGGUUUAGGUAUUUCUUAACUCAAAACGCAGCGUAGCCCAUGUCCGAUUUGAAACCGUUUUUUCGAUAAACGUAAACACUAUAACACUACAAAAUAACACUACCAUCUCAUUCCGUGCAACAUUUCGAUCAUAUAGUUUCUCAUUCAUCUUUGAACCGGCUAAACCAAUUCUGGCUAAGAUUGGCAAAGACUCGAGUUUUUUUUUCUUGGAAUGUCUUUGCCAACUGCAAAAUUCAUAUUGUCUAAAUUACAGUACUCAAAAUUUAACGAAAACAAAAAAUGAAUUUUUCCAAAUUUCUGGCAGUUUACCUACAAAAGUUUAUAAGAAGAAAAAAGAAAUGUAUUUCUUAA